AUGGAGAGCAGCAGCAAACAGGAGAAGGUAGAUCAGCCUCGAUCAAGCGACCAUGAUAUUUUCAAAAAGAAGUUUACUUCAUUAUCGCGUCCACGGCAGCCAUUACGAGAAACCAACUCCAACCUACCUAAACCUUUAUAUAAACCACACAGAAAAUCAUAUCUGCCAAACAAGUACCCCUCAUUAAAGCCAGGGAAUGAUCAAGCUCAAUCUUUACAUAGAAAACUGAAAUCACAAGGACGAACGUCAUCUCCUAGCAAGGAAGAUAACAAAAACAACAACAGCAACAACAACGAUGACCACAACAGCAGUAGGGAUAAACAAAAAGUUGGUCACAAACAAGAAAUUUUAAUUAAUGAUACUAAUAAACAGGUAGAGAAUGCAGGUAUCAAGUUAGACACAGAAACGAAAGUUAGUGAUGAUUCAGUAAUUCUUACAGCCAAAGUUUCUGUUGCAAAUGAGAGAGAGAAAGAAACAGUAGAUGAAAGAUCACAACAAAACUUGGAGCUUGUUAAGCCAGCCACAAGUGCAUUUUCAAAAGAUACAGAGAAUGCUAGAAAACGUGAUAGAGAAGAUGAUGGUAAAGAAACACACUCUAAGGGAGUUUUGGACCGUUGUGUUAAAGCCAAAGUAAGUCCAGAAACGGAAAUAAAUAUUGAAUCAGAAAUGAAAAUGGGAAUGAAAACAAAUACAAAUAAAAGUCACCACUCAGUCAAUAAUGAAUUGGAGUCAACUACCAGAGAAUCAACGACACUUUUUAAGGAAAAGAGUACUACCCACUAUGGAAAAGAAGUAUUUCUUCAUUAUCAAGAUCAAACAAAUGCCGCUACUCAAAUAGCUACAAAACCUGAGCAACAAUCAACAGAGUCUCUUCAUCUAUCAAAAACAGCCAAAGUGGAUACACAUGCCAAAGCUGAACAAUUGCAAUUGAAUGAAUCCACAGAAAGAAACCAAAAACCAACUAGCACGAAAGUUGCAAAAUCACCAAUCAAAUCGCUUGAUAUCAACAAACCUCUCCCUAAACAAAGCGACAGAGUGACGGAUCAUAAACUUCACAAGUUACAGCACAUACAAACACAGCACCAAGCACAACAUCCUGCGCAGCAGCAGCAGCAGCAACAACAACAACAACAACACUCUCACGUACACGUGCAACACCAGCAACAGCAAAAAGCUAAUGGAAGACUUUCAGGCGAUGAGCUUUACCAAUGGCAACAAUCAUGGAGAAAAAUUAUGAGGGAAUCCACCGUGUUCUUUGAAGGUCAACAUGAUGCACAACUGGCCGAGUUUCGUAGAGCUACAAAAUUGCUAAAAUAUGUAGGAUGCGAAAUUGCACCAUUUUAUGGAAGCAACGUCACAAUAAUUAUAUCCAAGCGUACCUAUGAUGACAAGUUGCAAUACCCACCGCACGAUAUAUUUUGCAAUGUGUCAAGACUCAAAGUCAAAGUAUGGAAUUACGAUAAGCUUUUCAGGUUCAUGAAGAAUUUGGGCUUGGGUUCAUUAACUGAUGAGCAAGUUAAUGCUGGUAAUGCAGCACAGAGAGAUACCCCGACCAAUAAUUUAUACAAUCUUUUAAAGGAGGAAAAAAUAUAUGGUUCAGCUGAUAGAGAUCCAAAUGCAAGAAGAGAUGAUUUCCAUUAUUUUGGAAAAAACUAUUUGUACGUUUACGACUUGAGUCAAGCAGUGAGACCCAUAGCUGUUAAAGAAUGGGGCAACGAGUAUCCAACCUUAAACUUGACAUUGGACGGCAAAUGUCCAUUCAUUUAUGACCCUUCUGACCAAAAUUCUGAACGCAAGAGAUUGAAAAGGAUGAAAAAAUUUGAAGCUUCGAAAGCUCACCGUCAAGCGCUCAAGGCAGCUUCACAUAAAGUUGUUAGUGGAGUGUCUUUAUCGGUAAAUGGAUUUACCGGAACAAGUACUAGUACCGACAAGAUUGAAGAGACCUCUGUUGAUGAUGUUGAGGAAGUGGAGUUGAAACAUCCAUUAACUUUGACUAGAAACUCAUCAUGCAUCCAGUCUAAAGUCGUUGACAAUAUGGCAUCAGGAUACUAUGGUGCCUCCAAUGCAUUGCAAUUUUCAAUGGACUCUGCUUUGAAUAGCAAUGCAGUCAAUGCUGCGGGAGGAGGAGGAGGAGGCAAUGGGUUGGGACCAGUAGGUUCACAAGUACCUUCGCGCAACCUCAAUAAUCUCAAGAGAAGAAUAUUUAUGAAACGCAAAAUGACGGAACGCAAGGAGAAGGAAACGAAUCCUGGAUAUUGUGAAAAUUGUCGCGUCAAGUAUGAUCAUUUUGACGACCACAUUCAUAGCAACAGGCACCGUAAUUUUGCAUGUGACGACAGAAAUUUCAAAGAUAUAGACGAGCUCAUACUCACGUUGCAAGAAAGUCGCUCGUUUGGUCAUAUAACUUCAAAUGGCGACUACGUAUAA